AUGGAAAUGAAAGUGAACGUAAACUUUUUCAAGGAAGAGAGCAUCGACAAAUCCGGGGAAGAUCCGGUCGUAUCAGCACUUCGGCCCUACGGAGCUCCAGACGAAGAUGGCUACAAAGAAACUACACCAGAUAUGUUUCAGAAAUAUUUCGGAAAUUUCUCAGGAAAUAUAAUUUCUAGGGAGCCGACUGACGACGUUUCAUUAUUAGAACAUUUUAUAAAUUUAGAACAUAGUUACGACAAUGAUACACAAAGGAUGUCAUCAGAUGACUCUAAUACUGAUAUGAAUAUGAAAUACAAUAUCGUUAAUGAUACAAAUGAUUCUGAGAAUGUGACGGUUGUGAAACCGAGUGUACACGAAGACGUCGUGACUAAAUUCCUAAGAUUAAUAGAAACUCAACAUUUGCUAGGUGAAAACUGUACAGCUGGAACUCAUCUAAAUUUAGGUGAAGGUGUUGUAGAUAGAUACGCUCAAGAAAGAUUUAGGAUAGAAGCGGAUGUUGCUGUGAAUAGAGCAAAUAUGUUAACUAGACUGUGGAAGUACGCUGGACCGACAGUUAUGCAUAACGAAUAUUUGCUUCACGCGAGUGUGUUUUCAAUGGUCGAAUUCGAUGAUGACGUUUUCGCGGCAGGAAAUUGCUACGAUCAAUAUCAAUACAAAGACUACCAACUUUUUUGUCCUUUCGCCUAUCGGCUGCCCGAAGGGCCGAUAUUGGCGAAAGAUCUGGCUGUCGAAUACAAAUAUUUGAGCAACACUUCGGAAUGGUUUUACAUUGCCCGCAAGAAUGCCGAACGCGUGAUUCGAAACCACAAUCAGUUUAGACGAGGCUACAACACUUACACAUACAACGACACAGCACACACAGAACGAGAGCCAGACGAAAUUCUGUCGGUCACAUAUGAAGACGGCAAGUGGUCGAAACCCUACUACGACUGCGGCGGUGGUAACAUCUGGAUGCUCACCUACACUGUACCGUUUUUCGGUUACAAUAAUGGCACCUACUUCUUCAAAGGCACCAGCGGCAUUGACAUAGACCUAAGGCGGGUGGACAUAGACCAGUGUCCGAUACGAGCGGGCUCAACCCAACUCAACAUAUUCGCGGGAACCGACAAGUGUAAAAAGAAAACCACUGAGUGUGUUCCGGUACCGGGACUGGGUUUCAGAAGAGGUUCGUACCGCUGCGUCUGUCGACGUGGUUUCUACUUCCCCAACACGACGGCUGAGAAUAGAUUUUACAACGGUAGCGAUAUUGAAGAGGAGUAUGAGAAGAAUUUAUUAAAUCAACCCAGUCUGUAUUCGUUGGGGGCUGCCUUCGAAUGUCUACCGUGUGCUGAAGGCUGUGAGGCCUGUAUCGACGGAUCACCAUGCGUCGCUGCCCUGAACUGGGUUGUAAGGACGACCAUUUUCGCGUUGGCCUGUUUCGUCAUAUCCUGUCUUCCUUUUAUCGUAUACUUCACUAUUAAAUAUGGACAUAUAAGGGUAGUUCGUGCUGCUAGUCCAGCUCUCCUGAGGGUUAUAGUUCUUGGAGCUCUCCUCAUUUACUCCACAACCCUGGUUAUGUAUGGAAGACCAACUGUGUUCACAUGCACAGCAAGGGUUUGGCUCCGCGAAGUUGGGUUCUGUCUGACGUACGGAGCGCUAAUGCUGAAGACGUGGAGAAUAUCAGUCAUCUUCCAAGUUCGAUCAGCGAAAGCAGUCAAAAUAUCAGACAUGUACCUCCUGAAACGCAUCGGGAUCAUAGUCGGGGUUGCCUGCGUUUUGCUCUCGAUAAGGACGCUGGUCGCACCACCAGCUGUCAUAGUUGGCAGGACGAGAGAAGAUUUGAAGGCGUAUUUGUGCAAUACUGAUUGGUGGGACCACUCCUUCACAACUUUGGAAGUAAUCUUCCUCAUGUGGGGCAUCAGGCUGUGCAUUAUGGUGCGGAAGGCGCCCUCGGAGUUCAACGAGAGCCGGUUCAUAUCUAUGGCGAUUUAUAACGAGUUUCUUCUGUCUGUCUUCCUUAAUAUUUCUAUGUUAUUUCUUCAAUCGCCAGCUAACCCAGAUCUUCUGUACAUAAUAUUCUUCUGCCACACACAACUAACUGUUACACUCCUUCUUUGUUUUAUCUUCGGUAGUAAGGCGUAUAUGGUGUUUAGAGGUCAUGGUAAAGAUGAUAGAGAAAAAACAGGCAAGUUCAGGUCUAGGCCUGCUGAGUCCACUUACACCAUGACUACUAACCGCAGUACUCGCUUCUGUGAUAAUAUGACUGAAAGAGACUUAGAGGAGGAGUUCAAAAAGAUAUGCAAUCAGUUAGAGAAACUAAGAGAGCGUUGCGGAUCAGGUGCUCAUCUAGCCAAGAUCAUAGUUGCCAUGCAAGAUGCAGCAACACCGCACGAAAGAAAACCAGGAGUUACUGAAUCCGCCCCACUAAAACUGAACACUGUAUUCAGCGCAGUCGCUGGCCGACUUAUGUGCACUGUAACGCCUGGAGAGGAAUCUAGUAGCAGUGGCAGAGAUCUACCUUUUGAAGCCCCUCCAGCAUAUAGACAGAAAAAUUUCACACCAACCAAAAGCGUAGAAAAUAGUAACGCAGAACAAAGCCAAACAGACGUCACAACAGAUUCACCGAAACGUAAAACGGAUACAGUUGAAGAAACAAAAGAUGAGAAACAAAACGGUGUUUUCAAAAUAUCCGGUGAAGCAGGUUGUAGUGAUAUUCGUCCUCCAGAUAUGACAGCAAGAAACGGUAUCAAAAGUGAUAGGAGUGAAAUUCGAUCCAGUCCAAGUAGUACCGAGACAAUAAGAGGUGUGAGGUCAGGGCACGCAAGGACUCAUGCUAUCGUUAUAAAUUUAGAUGACAAAAGUCGUUUUACUGAAGAAGUGACAGUUUAA